CCUUCGAAGCGUUUAAAUCCGCGCUGCAGCAUUCUUUUGAUCGUUGGGCUGAAACGGCUAGUUAAAAUUGAUUCUUUUUUCAAAUUUCUUCAGGUCAUCGAAUUUAACUAGAAAAGUUCCGAUGGCCCAGUUUAACUACAUCAACGAGCUCAAUAAUAUCCUCACCAUGGACGGGGAACUGACGAAAGGCCCCGCGCCCCGAUGGCAGAAGAAGCUGGACAUGUCAGCCGCGUCCACCAGUUUCAAUGCCACCGGAUCGAUGAACACCUCCCGGCACAAGCUGUCCAUGUCCUUCAGCAACAGCCAACAGCAGAUACCUGCCGGAACGCUUAGCGGUAAAACGCCCAAAAAGCAUAGCGGUUCCGGAUCGAAAACAUCCCCGGGAAAAACGACAAAGGGUCAAACGCCCAGCCAAAAGCUACCAUCCGGGGGAGAUCGUUUCAUUCCGAACCGAGCAACGACGGACUUCGAUUUGGGGCACUUUAUUGUGAAACAAAGCGAAGCUAAGAAGGAGACCCAAGAGCAGGAGGGGGGAAGUGGCGGUGAAGAGGCCCAGGGAAGUGGCAGUCCACGAAACUCCGAGCGAAUCAAGAUUCUGUCGGAAGCCAUGAAAGGAUGUGAUAUUAGCCGGAAACGGGUACUAUCGUACCAAGUCAAAGCUCCAGCAGCGCCAGAUGGACACAUGAAUCCUCUCAAAGUGGUUUAUUCGGUCAAAACACCCAUGUCCACAAAAAGUGGAUCCCGUUUUAUUCCGAACGCCCCGGAGAGAAUUUUGGACGCCCCGGACAUCAUCAACGAUUAUUAUUUGAACCUGAUGGACUGGAGUGGCGAUAAUGUUGUCGCCGUAGCGCUAGGGUCUUCCGUUUAUCUUUGGAAUGCUGCAACCGGUAACAUUGAAAUCUUGUAUGAGAAUGAAGGCAGCGACCAUGCAUGUGCCUUGGGUUGGAUCCAGGAAGGCCAUAUCCUCGCAGUGGGAACCAGUACUGGAACGGUAGAACUGUGGGACUGUGAACAUAUGAAACGUCUCCGUGUGAUGGACGGUCACGUGGGGCGCGUUGGGGUACUUGCAUGGAAUUCCUAUAUUGUUUGUUCGGGCAGCCGGGACGCUUCUAUCAUAAAUCAUGAUGUGCGAUCUCGUGAUCACAGCGUCGCAGUUCUUCGUAGCCAUACUCAAGAGGUGUGCGGAUUGAAAUGGUCAACCGAUGGGAAAUAUCUGGCCAGCGGAGGGAACGACAAUAUGGUGCACGUUUGGAGUGCAGCCAACGGAGCUACUCACACAAAUGCUGAUCCCAUUUUUGCGUUCAAUCAGCACCAGGCAGCCGUCCGGGCACUUGCCUGGUGCCCGUGGCAGCCUCACGUUUUGGCCAGUGGUGGGGGAACUGCGGAUCGCUGCAUUAAAUUUUGGAAUGUUAACAAUGGUCAAAUCAUCAACUCUGUAGACACUAAGUCUCAAGUUUGUGGUUUGCUUUUUUCGAAGAACUACAAAGAACUCAUCUCGGCUCACGGUUACGUGAACAAUCAGCUCACUGUAUGGAAGUAUCCAUCGAUGACUAAACAAAUCGAUUUGCUCGGUCACACGGGACGCGUACUGCAGAUAGCUAUGUCUCCGGACGGAAGCACUGUGAUGAGCGCUGGCGCGGAUGAAACGCUUAGACUGUGGAACUGCUUCCAGCCGGAUCCGCUACUGACGAAAAAAGAAAAAUCUGCUACCCGAGAGAAACCAAGUUUACUGAAGCAAAGCAUUCGAUAGCUAUCCCUGAGCUAGUGGUUUCCCAUUGUGAUUAAUACCUAUAGGAUCAGCACUAGCGCAAUCUUUUACGUUUUUAUUUUUUGUGUUUUAUGUUUCUCAAUGCAUUACGUGCUGCAAUUUUAGCAGCAAUGUGUUAGCUGUAUUCGUAUUUCAACUUCAACCGUUCGAAUUUUAAAUCAAUAAAGACUGCAAUCUAGACGAUUAAUA